AUGCAUUCGAUGUCGGUUGAUCAACGUAGAACAUUAGUUAAAGGUUUGCAUUUGUGUACCAACUGUUUGCGUCCUGGUCACGAUAAUGAUAACUGCAAAUCGAGGUCGUCUUGCUACAUUUGUAACGAAAACCAUAAUACGCUGUUGCAUAUCGAACGUCAAAAUUCCGUAACACAUUCGGGUGAUUCCAACGUGACUGACGAAGCGGGUUCAAGCACUACGCUUACCUGCGCCUCUAAGUCAGCUGACCCUUUUAAGAGUACAAAGAUCUUAGGUACUGCUGUAGUGCGCUUGUGUCACUCAGAUGGUUCUAUGCAGUAUGCUCGUGCGCUCAUCGACAGCGGGUCGAUGGAUUCGUUGAUCACAAAUGAGUGCGCACGCAGAUUAGGUUUGCGGAUUAGAAAAUGCAACUUAACCGUGUCUGGGCUUUGUCAAAAUUUCGUUAAUAUCAAGGGUCACACUGUUGGUUCGAUAAUACCUCGGUUGAGUGAGUCACCACAGUUUGACAUCUCUUUGGUAGUUUUACCAAAGAUUGCGGGAAUGAUGCCUUCGUCAUCGCUGCCGAUGUACGUCAAGGAUCAUUUCGCACACUUAGAUCUCGCCGACUGCGAUUUCUAUAAAUCGGGUCCGAUCGAUCUUUUAUUAGGAGUUGAGUGUUUUGACCAGAUAUAUACUGGCUCUCGUUACACUCCCGGUCCCGGGUUACCCUGCGCGUUAUCGAGUGUAUUCGGCUGGGUGAUAACAGGUCAGUUUCUUCAUGACACGUCAACUCGUACACCAGAUCAAUCCGUUACGUCACUCGUCGCGUUAUCCAGUGCGCUCGACGAUACCGUUCAACGGUUCUGGGAGUCUGAGGAGCCGUCGAAAUGUAAAAUUUCCGGCCCUAAAGACGAAGUUCACGAAGUUUGUGAACAGAAAUCCGGUACCUAUCGUACUCCGGAGGAUAGGUAUUUAGUUCCUUUGAUGUUAAAGGAUAAUGCCCCUUCCCUUGGCGAUUCUUCUCGCCACGCUUUAAAGCGAUUUCUCCACCUAGAGAAACGUUUAUGUACUCGACCUGAGUUUAAAACGGAAUAUCAGGAUUCCAUGGAGCAGUACAAAGACUUGGGACAUAUGCAGCCUAUUGAUUCUUUGUCUACUGCUCAGUAUCUUAUUCCGCAUCACUGCGCCGUGCGUCCAGAAAGUACUACGACACGACUGCGUGUAGUCUUCGACGUCAGUAGUCGGACUACGAAUAAUUACACGUUGAACAAUAUUGUUCAUACAGGACCUAAACUUGAAAUCGAUAUAGUCGAUUUAGUUACAAAGUUUGGCUUUUAUAAAAUUGUUCUUCUUGCUGAAGUUUCUCCUGUUUGUAACAUUUACAGGCAGAUUCAGUUCAGGCCUGCACAAAAGUGCUAUCAGUAUACUUUAUGGCGAGACAGUCCUACCGAAGCUCUCGUAGAAUAUGAGCUCAACAUAGUUGCUUAUGAAGUAACGAGUUUGCCUUAUUUAUCUUGGGAUGAUGCUAUUUCUCAAUAUUUAGCCAAACAAUGGCAUUCGCCUGCCGCGAAUUUAUUAAGUUUGAAAAGUAUAAUCUUACCGCGGCUAGUCAUACCUCCGGAUCUUAUUGAUAUCUACUUAGUAGGAUUUUGCGACGGUUCGUUAAAAGAAUAUGAAUGCUACGUGUAUUUAUGCGCUGUUACAUGUACGAAUUCUACUGUAACGCAUCUAUUUAUAGGAAAGUCUAGAGUGGCUCCUACAGUGAAUAGGCUCGAGCUAAGCAAUGCUUUGCUUCUAGCGCGUGUGCUAUCUCACAUGUAUAAUCUGUUAAAGGAUAAAACUCCUAUUCAAAGUAAUCGUGCUCAUUCUUAUAGCAGUAGUACGCUCUCUUGGAUUAAUACUAAUCCUCAUUCACUAAAAAUGCAUGUAGCUAAUCGUGAAAUCGUUAUCACAGAACAUUUACAUUCUCGUCAAGUUCAAGAUGUUGACAAGGCCCACUUCACCGGGGUAAUCAAGUGA